AUGGCGGCGGCUCAAAGGACCAUCGUUCUGAGGGCCGCCAGGGCCUAUAGGACCGUCUCCCACGUGGGGGCGACGAUCCUCGCGGGUGUCCCCCCCGUGCACUUGAUCGCCGCGUCGUACGCAGAAAUGUACGAUCGCACGAAGGCGAUCAAGGAAAUGCGGGGGGUAAUCCCGCCGAGGGCCAAGAGGGCUUUGAAGCAGCAGGUGACGCGCUCUCUCAUCCUGAAAUGGAAAGAAUUUCUACAGGACCCGAGGUUGCCGGGUGAGAGAGUGCGUCAGGCCAUCCAGCCGGUGUUGGAGGAUUGGUUGGAGCGUCGGAGACGCGGCUCCACGUUCCAUACGACGCAGGUAAUAAGCGGCCAUGGAUGCUUUGGCCAAUACCUGUGUCGUAUCGGAAAGGAAGGCACCACGCACUGCCACCACUGUCCGGAGGAGGUGGACACGGCGCAGCACACCCUGGAGUUUUGUCCGGCGUGGGAGGAGCGGCGCCGUGUCCUCCGGGCAACGGUAGGAAAUGAUCUCUCCCUCCAGGCCAUUAUAAGGGCCACAGUGGAGGGGAACGGAGAUGAGAAAUGGGGGGCGUUCGCCUCCUUCUGCAACGCGGUAAUGGGACAGAAGGAGGCGGACGAGCGCAUUAGGAGGGGGGAAGUAAAUCCUCCUCCCCCAGAAAGCGAUAGCGACAACGGAGGUAGAGGCAAGGCACCGAGACCUCCUCCGCAGGUGAGACGGCGGAGGAGGCGGAGACAGGGAGGACAAAGAGCAGUCGGUGCUCUUGCCGGAGCGUUAGACGCGGUUGCACCAUAG